AUUCAUAAUUGUUGCCAGGUUUGUUUGUCACUUUCAAAGAUAACAAGUUAUCACAAUACUCUUUUUUUUCUGUGUCCAAAUGCCAUGAUGAUUAGCCAUAAAUCAUCUUGUAAACCCUUCACUGCCACUGUGCUUAUAGUCCUAUUCUUAUCCGAAUCUUUUAUCAGAGUUGAUGGCUUCAUGGGCAGGAAAGAUAUGGAAAUGGAAUUAUUAUUGCUGAAAAUACUUCAAAAUCGUCGUUCCAAACAGCAACAGGUCAUUCCAAUUCCAAUUUACAUUCCAAGAUGUCGAGGAUCUCCUCCAAGAGCUGAAUCACAACAUUAUCCCGUUUAUGUACCAAUCCAUACUCAUGAUCAUCACAUUUUGGAAUCUCCAAGUCACCUAAAUUUCGCUGUUUCACCUUGUUCAUCCAACACAUGCUCCAUGUUAAAGUAAUACCUUUCAAUGAAUUUACUAUUAAAAAGAAACUAUUUUUUUACGAUUAAAUAUUGUUUUUACUUUUAUUGCAAUUAAAGCUUUUUGAGGUAGAAGAUCAAAUUCAACAAGAAAUACAAAUUAAAAUAAAAACAAAGUGGACCAAUAAUAAAUACAUUCAUAUAAUAAUACAAUCCAUAAAACGGAUU